AUGGUCAUACUAUCUGGACCGUCCAUGUUUGCGUCAAGAUUGGUGGUUCUCGUUAUUUUGACUGGUCGGGCGUCGGCAGAAAAGGAGGAAUACAUGGUAUCGGUGCGCACUGUUGCGCUGUUUAGUACGCGAGUGCGAUGCCGGAGGCCCGACCCGUGGCAGAUUGGAGAGGACGGCGAGCCCAGUGAAAUUUUGCGGGCGCUGGAGGCGCCGCCGCUGGCGAAGUACCUUCGCCGGGAGCUGCAGCGCGGUGGUGACAUGGACUUCCCCCUGGGACCAGUGGAGAGGCUGAAUUUCGGCGACUCGUCGGAUCUCGCUGGAAUCAUGGACCCAGGCUAUACACUACGCCUUGAGGACGAAGGUGCAGUCAGCGUGGUGGCGGCGGCGCACGAUGCGGCAGGAGACGACGAGGCAGAGAGCGUUGCAGCAGGGAAGGGAAGAGCUGGAGCAGUUGUGCAGCCUGAAGAAAGCGCUGGCGAAGUCGGGGGAGAAACGAGAGCGGCGGCGUGCAUUCAGUUGGGCAGGAACUGCAGUGAGAAGAGGAAGAUUGUUGUGGCUGAUGGACCAACGGAAUCAGAGCAAUCUACACUGAAGGUGAACCCAGAAGCUCCAGGAUGGAUCAAAAGAGUGCGGGUGGGUGGAAAUGCCGCCGAGCGGAUUCCUUGUCCAAACCGGGUUGGUACCCUGGAGAAGAUGAUUAGAAGUUACCCUGAGAGAAGAGGGGAUUUUGUUCUAGAGCCAACGCUGGGCAUGAGCUUCGAUUCGCUUGGCGAGGCAUACGAUUUCUACAAUCUAUAUUCAUGGGAACAUGGUUUUGGCGUUAGAUAUGGGAAAAGCAGGCUGAACCCACAGAGGACGAAGACAAUGCAAGAAAUCGUUUGCGGCUGUUCUGGGAAACCUGCAGGGGAGAACACACGAUCGUGCCGCUGCGAGUGCCCAGCGAUGAUUCGUUUGCUUCGGACAGAAGAUAAUGGUUGGUACAUAACAGAGCAUCGAGUUAGUCAUAACCACUCCCUCUCCAUAACUUGCGCAGAGAAAGUGUACUGGCCAUCGCACAAGCACAUAGAUGUGUACACCAAAGAUCUGGUGAAGCAACUUCGGGAGAACAACAUAAACAUUGGAAAAGUGUACAGCAUAAUAGGGAGUUUUUUUGGGGGUGUUGGUAAUGUUCCGUUCACAAAGAGGACCUUGAAGAAUUUGUGUGGACGGAUAAGCAAGGAGCAAGCUGAUGAUGAUGUGAAGAAGACAAUAGAGGUUUUUGCAGAGAUAGGUUCGAAAGAUCGUGAGUUCACGUACAGAGUGCUUGCUGAUUCAGAAAGCCGGAUUAAGAAUCUGAUGUGGGCAAACGGAUCAAGCCGUAUGCAAUACAAAUAUUUUGGUGACGUAGUAACAUUCGACACAACUUAUAGGACAAACCUGUAUGACAUGCCAUUUGGGCUAUUUGUUGGGGUUAACAACCAUUUCCAGAGCAUCAUUCUUGGCGGUGUGUUGCUGAGGGAUGAGCAGACAGAGAGUUUCGAGUGGGUAUUUGGGGAAUUUGUUCGGAUGAUGGGCGGUGUUGCACCAAAGACAAUCCUGACAGACCAGUGCAGAGCCAUGGAGGUGGCUAUAAGCAAAGUUUUGCCAGGAACAGUUCACAGAUGGUGCAAAUGGCACGUUCUGAAAAAGGCGAAGGAGUUCUUGGGCCCUCUGUACAGCAAGAAGAGUGAGUUCAGGGCAGAAUUCCACAAAAUUGUGAAUCAUAUGCUGACAGAGGAUGAGUUUGAAACAGCAUGGGCUAUGCUGGUAGAGAAAUACAGUCUGAAGACACACCCUUUCAUGACACAGAUUUUUGAAGUAAGGCACAAGUGGGCAAAGCCAUAUUUCAGAGGAGUUUUCUGUGCUAAGAUGACAAGCACACAGCGAAGCGAGAGCGCAAACAUGAUGUUGAAGAGCUAUGUGCCGCCUGGAUGUGCUAUGAACAUGUUUGUCAAGCACUACAUGCGUCUGCAGCAUGAUCGCGAGAAGGACGAAGGUUAUCAGGAAAAGCGAACAAAAGUGGCCAGUGCAGUGCUGCAUGCUAAUCUGUCGAUAGAGGAGCAUGCAAGCAAGGUGUACACACGGGCUAUGUUCGAGCAGUUUGGUCAUAAUUUGUACAUGGCGGGGGCGUACCGCAUUGAGGAGGUGGUAAAAGGGAAGAUGUACCUGGCAAAGCACACGAAGGCGCACAAGAGAGAGAAAUGGAGCAGGGUUGAAUUUCAGGUGAAGGUGGUCGACGACGGGGAAUUUUUUGAGUGUGAAUGUGGACUUUUUGAGCACAUGGGGAUUGUCUGCAGCCAUAGCAUCAAGGUUAUGGAUUACUUGGGUGUUGAGGAAUUACCAAAGAGACACAUUUUGAAGAGGUGGACAAGGGAUGCGAGGGAUGUGCUGCCAGAACACCUCGAGGUGUACCAGAAUGACCAUGCCUCCAGCCGCUCUUUCACGUACAGACAUUCUUUGCUCGUGCAGCGGGCACAAAAGGACCACCUGCCCCCAGCGUGGGGACGCUCCGAAGCAGCCGCGGAAGGUUGCGAAGUGCACCAGAUGUGGGUUGCCUGGACACCGUAG